GGUUAAGUCGUUAGUACUUCAGUUGGAUGUAGUAAACUGACUGAAGAGCUCAAUAAAGUUUUCCGUUGAACUUGUGCUGUGAUGGAUGGUAUUAAGUGCUAAAACCAAGCGAGUGAUGCAGUGCAAGUGAUACGAAUCAGAAUUGUUAUACCACAUAGAAAAACCUCAAAUGUAGGUCCGUGUUUGUGUAAGUGAUCGAUUAAACACACACAAAAAUGAAGUGACGUGUAUUUUUUAUUAGAAGUUAAAGGACGUAAAAGACUUCGUUCUGUCGAUUAUACGAACUUGCGUAUGGAUGUUAGUGGAUCGGCUAGCAAUCAAUACGUUUUGUGCUCGCACGUAUCAAUUACUCCUUCUUCUGAGCAUAUCUAGGAACACGAUUGAUUAAAUUUUACCUACAGAACAACACAGAGCAGAGGAUGUCUGCCACAAGAAUGUGGUUAUAUUUUGUGCUGCUGGUAUUACUGCAACCGAUGGUUGAAAGCAUGGAACGGGCGUCUUUGAAGCGAAUUCAACGAAAAGCUCAGCUGCAAGAAGAAGAUGCAAAGCAAGGCUGGGAAGCAGGUUCUAUUGCCGAUCCAUUUGGCUCAGCUAGUAUAGAAAACAGCAACUACCAGGGUCUAGUAGGUCGGCCAGGCAUAGAUUUUCCCGUGCUGACACACAUCCCGCGAACAGUGUUCGAAUGCGAAAACCAUGGAAAUGGUUACUUUGCUGAUCUAGAAGCUCGCUGCCAGGUAUUUCACAUAUGCGAUGAAGGCAAAAAAAUAUCAUUUCUUUGUCCGAAUGGAACAAUAUUUCGACAACUCGAUUUGAUUUGCGACUGGUGGUUCAAGGUGGAUUGUGCAUCUACACCAAAUCAUUAUGCAGAAAGUACCGAAAUGUUAACACUAGCCAAAAGAGCUCGUUUGCAAAGCAAGCAUCCAGUUCCGCAACCGAUCCACCAGCAUGCCGAGCAUCUUAAAAUUGACAUACAGAACAGAGACCGAUUCUUUUUGAAAGAUGUCGAAUGGAACCGUCGUGUAGACUCAGAAAAUUUGUUUGACGCCCCUGAAGGUAGCUUAACCGGCAAUGGAGGCAACGGAAAUGGCUCUCGACCCCGUAAAGGCAGGGGCAGAAAUGUAUCAGCUUCGCAAGACGAAAUACAGGACACGGCACAGACGGCGUCUUUUGCUUCCAUCGUUCAAAAAAUGUUCAAUAACUAUCAUGAAAACGGCCAAAAAGCAUCCAAGGUCAACGGGCGAUUUGGUCAAAGUGGGGACGAUGUGGGCAGAGAGAACAUAGACAAAGAGCAAAGUAAAAAAGAUGCUUUCAAGAUUGGUAGUGGUAACAACUCGAUGAACUACAUACCAUACACAACGGCACGCAAGCUGAACCUAGGAGGCAAAGUUACACAAUUCUAUACGCCAACAGUGCCGUCUAUUCCCGCCAGAACUGCUGCCACCACUAUUGGCGAUGGUGGCGGAAUCAAGGCCGAUCGAAGAAGUGAUGACGAUACCCGUUCAUCCACGAGAGGUAAAGCUGAGAUGGAUGAAUCGGUAAUGGAUCACGCAAUGGAAAUUAUGAAAACCAUUAAAAGCCUAAAGGUGGGGAGCCCACAGAACGAUGCGGGACAUGAUGAUUACGCUACUUUGAUUCGCGAUGCUGAUCUAACGCAGAUGAAACAUCAACCCGAUGCUUUCCCUACAAUGCAGUCGGUGAAUUAUAUCCUGCAUUUACCCGCUUCGCAAAACCAGGGAACUAAUUCAGAAGCAAAAUCUAUGUUCAGUCCAACUGGCUAUGGACAGACACUAUCUUCUAAGAGUGAAUUGCCUAUUGAUAUAGGGCACCGAUCUUUGCUCACACGGAAAACCCUCAAACAAUACGAUCGCUUGUUUUAUUCCAAACAAGAAGAAGAUGGAAAUGAUAUUUACAACCUAGACAAUAGUACAUCAUAUGAUCACCACAAUGUAGAUCAAGCGCUGGAACAUGAUUUGGAAGGGCAAUCCAGUAGGUAUCCCGCGUUUGGGAUGUCCAAUGCUUCUCAAAUUCGAGAACUUGCUCAAGUUUUCACACAUGCCCUUUCGGCAUAUUUGCAAGACCCUGUUACAUUUAGACGAAUAUUGACAGAAAUCCGUCCAAAGGCUCCAGUGCAACUAGUGUCAGUAAAAGAAGAAAAUUCCAUAGACGGAAUCUUGGAGAAGCCAACAGAGUUUCCGAACAAUGGCGCUGCUUAUUAUACACCUUUCAGAACGCAUGAGAACUUUGAGGUGCUUGACUUUUCGGACAUUACCACACCGAUCCCAUCCACGUACUCGCCAUUCGUAGAGUCAUCUACCACUCCAAUAACUACUUCCUUAAAAGAUCCACAACGCAAUGUUCAGUACACAGGAAAAGGAACGAAAGAGGGCAAAAGCUUGUCGAUACAAUUUAUUAGCAACCAGCGAAAUGAGUUAGCAGAUGAAGUGAAUGGUGAGCUGGGAACGCAACAGUCCCGCAACCAUGGUGAAUCGCAUAGUUUGCAGACAAAAACUAAUACCUUUGAAUCGACGGCUACCGUUGCUCCUGUUAAACCUAUCUACAACCGUUUAGCUACCUAUGCUCCUGUCGAGGUUGAUACUGCUUCAGAACAAUCAAGCUUUACGAGUGAAACCGUAGAUUCUGUACCAUCACCUGAAUCCAUACUAAAACCACCCCGGAAAAAUGACAUAGAAACUUUGAAAACAACCUUACCACUCGAAGAGGAAGAACAACUGCAGCGAUCUCAAAGUGGGUCAAUACUCAGUUCUUUCCAACAAAACAUGGUGCAAAAUAGAAAUGUGAUGGCAAAAUACAGCAUCGUUAGUUUCGAAAAUUCUGCAAACUCGUUAAAUGGUAAUGGUAAUCAAUCUUCUUUUGAAAAUGGAAAAAAAGAUAAUCAAACGGUUCCAAAUCAAAUCACACCGGGUCAUACGCGCACCACCAUGUCUUAUACCGUAUUUUUCGAUCCUUUGACUAUAAAUGACGAAUUGAUGGCACAGUUUAAAGUGAAUCCCACACAGAUCAAUCCUACAGCCGAACGUCUACCGAUUCCCACCCAAUCUAACGAGGACAAUUUUAAUAGCUAUAUUUCUCCAGUCACUGCAGCUGCUACUACGCCUACGCCUCGCUCAUCACCAAAUUCUGUCAAUUCUAUUUCGGUUCAAGAUUAUUCCGGAAUGCAAAAAAAAGCCAAUGAAAUGUUCGGAAAUCUAGACGAUGGCCAAGUAGAUAAGUUGAUGCAUGCAAUGAAAAUGGCUGAUAAAAAUAAAUCAAUGCGAAGGCUUAUUCUACUGCUUAUUCGAACCUGCGAUGAUGAUUCUUCGACGGCAAAUGAGCAAUCUCGUAAAGCACUGCUAGAUGCACUCAUGAACAUUGACGGAGAGGGUGCCAAUAGUGAGGGAUUUGCAAUGCAAAACCAUCGUCGUGGAAAACAAAUCGAUACUGGAACGGAUUUACAGUUGUAUCGUGAUGUUUCUGUGGCAAAUGUAACUGGCAUAGAAACAAACUAUACUAAAUAUAACGAGGCGAACGGCCAACAUAUUAAUGGCGAAAGCGCUGAACAACGAACAUCAACGUAUGCAACAGAAGCUACAUCAUUCAUGCAGUACUUUUCUUCUGAAUCUCACCAUCAAAGUGAUCAAGAAGAUGAUAUUCAAGAGCCUACUGCUUAUACCUCGACUAUAUUACCAACGACUCCUUUCCAAACUACUGUUGAUUAUACAACCGCUGAACCUACAACCAUUACAACCGUUGACGAAACAACGACGAGAUCGGAUAAAGACGGUUUAUCAGCAACCACAACCUUUUACACCGAUACGCCACAUACCUCGGCAGAAUCCUUAGAAUCGACAUUAUCAAAUUUUCAGCGAGUGGCACCAGAAUCUGUUAAUCAACGCUACCAAAAAGACUUGAGUGAUUCCCUGGGUUAUCCUUCCGCAGUUCAGAGGAAAAAGAAACAAGAUACACCACAUCACUCCGAUACUCGUGCACUAGAAUUACUCAAAUCUCUCUACACGUUGGCCGCUCGAUGGGGUUGAUACUGCCUAUGCAACAAUCU